GAACGGGGGGUUACUCACAUUCCAUCUAACUGCAAAAAAGAUAAGGAAAUAUGGGUACGCUAUAAAGAUAAACGCAUCGCCAUCAAACAAAAUAUCUUGGAAGAUUGGGGUGUACUUGAUGUGGUCAGUUUGAAAAGGGUGAUCCAAGCUCGGUUUAAUAUAUCAGAAAAUAUCACUAUUCACAGUGGGAGUGAUAACUUGGCGGACAGUAGACAAAUCACCGAACUAUACAAUACGGAAAAUAAUGCAUUAAAGGUUAUAGUCGAAAGAAACGAUCAACCCGGUGCUAGUGGAAUUGGAAGUUUAACAUCCGGCAUAGCAGGACUUCAACUUCAAGAUAAGGAAAUAUGGGUACGCUAUAAUAAUAAACGCAUCGCCAUCAAACAAAAUAUCUUGGAAGAUUGGGGUGUACUUGAUGUGGUCAGUUUGAAAAGGGUGAUCCAAGCUCGGUUUAAUAUAUCAGAAAAUGUCACUAUUCACAGUGGGAGUGAUAACUUGGCGGACAAUAGACAAAUCACCGAACUAUACAAUACGGAAAAUAAUGCAUUAGAGGUUAUAGUCGAAAGAAACGAUAAUGAAAGUAACGAGGAAGAAAAAUAUGAGAGUAAUAUUGAAACAAAUCGUAUUGAAGAUGCAUUCCAAAUUGGAUACCAAGGCACAGUUCUGGAAACCUUCUACUCGCGGCUAAAACAAUUUCAUAAUGAAUGGAACAAGCAGAUAAAACCAUACGCCCCUUACUUAACAAUAAUUCAAAAUUCCGGUUCCGGUAAAACACGACUCGUGGGGGAACUGAGAACAAAAGGGGUCUACGUCUUGUAUAUUUGUAAGCGUCAGCAGAACAGUAGUGGAUAUCCUGCUUCAACACCAUAUGCUCAACAAAUUUUUGAAAAAAUUCGGGAUAACAAAUUUGGUUUACUUUUAUCUGAGGCGGUUAAAUUGAUUAAAAAUAAUAAUUGGAGCGAAGAACAGUUUUGGAACUUGCAGAUCAAAGCUGAACACGAAAAUAUUCGAACUCAAUUCUGGAAAAAUGUCUUAGAAUCAGUUGAUUCGUUAUCGCAACAAAGUGAUCUCUUGUCAAACAAGAAUUUUAUAAAGAACUUAUUUGAUAAAAAUGAAGCGGAAAUCUUAGUCGUUUGUUGUAUUGAUGAAGCACACGAGUUGCUUGGAAAAAUAUCAACUACUAGUGAAGAGACCUUCUUUGUUCGCUGGAGAAGACAGAUUCGUGAUGUCAUGUGGAAUGGAUUCUUUAAUGUCCUCCUUAGUACAAACGGGAAAAUUGGUAAUUUUCUUCCUCCAGAAAUUAGAGACACUCGCUCUGCCAGGAUGCACCAAUAUUAUUUAUUACCUGCUUAUCUUGACGUCCAUACUGUAGAUGCAUUGGCAAAUCUUGCACAAACUGGAAAACGCUAUGAUCCCCAAAGGACUUUAUAUCUAGGAAUUCCUCUAUGGGGAUCCCUUGCCCAAGUCGGAGUUGAUCUCACCAAGAUUUUACACCUGGCUUCACAAAAGAUUCGCAAUUUUAGUAAUAAGCAAAAAGAUCAGCUUGCUAAUCUUGCAUGUAUGUCCUGCUCCUUUGCUCUUGAAAUUUCCCCUCGAAUUGUAGAAGUAGAAAUGUUAAUAGCAUCUCAUAUGGCAACUGCUAUAGGCGUCUCAUCUGAUCGCACAGAACUUCUUUGCACAUAUCCUUCUGAUCCCAUUCUUGCAUCUGGAGCAUUAAAAGGAAUUACUGAAGUUGGUUUUGAAAAUUGUUUGGACACACUGUUAGAACAGUUCAGUCGUGGAGUAGUUGAAGCAGGCGAGAGGGGAGAACUUGUCAGUCGCAUCUUGUUCUUAAAAGCAUAUGUUCGUGCUUUAGAAGAAAGUCGGAAUUUACCAAUUACAUACUUAGAAAAGGUUCCCUUGCUAUCAUUUUUAAAGGCUCUCUGUCAUGGAAAAGACCAAGAACUCGAGCAACUUCUUGCAAAAAUGAAAUUAGAUCAAGCAGAAAUUGGCUUUAACCAUUGGACAUCUUUGUUAGCCUCCAAUAAAGAGUAUGUGAAAGAAGGAGGACAUAAGCAUUUAACAGCAUCACUUGUCAAAGAAGCUUAUCACAGACAUACCGCUUUUAAAAUGCCAAUAUUAUUUCCUGUUAUUGAUCAUAUUAUUCCGAUUCAAUAUCCUGGUGGCUAUGGUAUCAUUUCAAGUCAAAACAAGAAUACAAAAAAAUCAAAAUACCAAGAUGCUGAUGUUCUCAGUUUAGUAAAUCCUGUAUACGCUUUUGAUGACAAUGAUUUUAAUGGGAUUAUUCUGGGUAUUUAUGUUGAUAUUGGUUUAGGUGAUCCAAUGAUUUCGAUAAAGGAAGUAGAUAGUAGAAAAUCACGACAUACAUCUUCUGUUCCUCAUUAUGCUAUCUAUAUCCAAAAUAUCAAAUCUUUUAACUGCGAGAAAGAAAUUAGUGAAAGACUAUCGAAAGCACUUUAUACAUCUCCCUGGCCACUUGAUAUCCGUUGGAGUAUGAUUGAUGAAAAGAAACCACUAGAUAGAAGGGAUUCAAUAAAAUCGUUUUUACCUCUUGUUUUUAAAAAGGAACAAUCUUUAGUUAAAAAUUGGCGUUUAUAG